AUGGCCACACAAAGAUGUCCUAGAUCGCUAAUGGUAGACUUGGCCUUGCACUUUAAAUGUUGGCAUAAAACCUUCUUCAACAAUCUGUUUAGCACCAAACGAAGUCAUUUGAAAACAACUAUUAUAUUUCCUAGUACGAUUAACGAAGUGAUCAUGAUCAGGAUGGUCUCCUCAAGUGGUCCCUCAAGUAAACUGCGUAAUGGUUCUGGGGGCGGCUGUAAAGUAUCGAGUUGUGUUUUACCUACAUUACAGCACAUACCUUUCCACUUGAGAGCGUUAAAAAAAUUACAUUUUUGGUUCAUAGUGCCAAUGUUAUUUUUAUAA